AUGGAGUUAGUUACAGUAGAUAAAACGGCUGAGAUCGUUAACGAGUACCGCAAGUACAAUGCGUCGUCGGCGCGUGAUGACGUUGAGUCAGGACGGGACUCUUCAUCUGGUGACGAAUCAAAUAGCGACGGCGAUGUUGGGCCAUACGCUAACAAGGGCGUGUCCUCCCCUCCAAAACCAAGGGAGAGGCGCGUGAGGCGCUUAGAUGACAUCGGUCCCAAAGCCGGCCAGAAAGGGCGUAGUGGUGGAAAGCAAAACAACGCGAAGGCGGCGGCGGCAAAGGGCAGUCCCUUGGGGAGGCUCUCGAAGGAGGUGGCUGGUGGCGACGAGCAGGAACAUGGCGAGCUUGAAGGGCGUGGUGGUGGAAAGCGCAACAACGAGAAGGCGGCGGCGGCGGCCAAGGGCAGUCCCUCGGGGAGGCUCUCGCUGGAUGUGGCUGGUGGCGACGAGCAGGCGCUGCCCAGGCCCGUUAUAGAAGGGCUAGCAGAGCAGCGAGGUGGUGGCGGUAUCGAUCAGGAUGAGGACAAGCCGGCAGCAGUGACUGCUGGGAAAGAACAUGGACGUGAAGCUGUGAUUCCGUACAAACGACGCAAUGCUGUGGACUCGGCCGGUCGCGACCGAAAUGCAAGACAAGCUCGACAAGGGACGAAACAGUAUGUUUUGAGCUCGUCGGGUUCGGAGGAGGGAUCCAGCGACAGUGAGUCAGGCAGCUCAUCCGGGAGUGAGGAAGUAUACGAGGACGAGGAGGAGGAGGAAGAGGAAGAGGAGGAUGAGGAGUUGGAGCCGGAGAGCGAGGAUGAGGAGGAGGCUCGGCCUUUGAAGAGGAGGGGUGUGCGGAAGACCAAGAAGGGCAAUGGAAAGCGAAAAUCGGAGACAGGACGGGUGAAGAGCUAUAAGCAGAGUGUGCGUCGUGCCAAACCACAUGGCAAGCGCCAGAGACCUCGAUUCGAAGCUAAAAUUGUGGGUGUGCGUAGCAAGGAGAAGCGGGAGUUGGAUUUUUACGAGUCCAUGGGGCUACGAUGUCCAUCAAGCCCUCAUGAUCGGAAAGCCACCGACACGUAUGCUGCGUUACGCGAGCAGAUGGAUUCGUCUGGGAAGGGAGAUCCGAUCGCUUGGGGGUCAGCGCGGUUUGGCAGGGAAGCGACGGACCCGCAUGCAAAGCUUUCGGGGGGUCACGCGGUUCAGGUGAAAAUCGAGGGAGCAACGAAGCGGCACGAACCCUCGGCCGCCGCAGCAGCCAAUGACGGUGUGGGAGGAGGUGUGUGGGCGAAUUCCUUGGGUGAAUGUGGCGGCGGUGUGGAAGGCUCCAUGUGGGAUGUACGGGAUAGCAGGGGAGAAGGAGGAGACUUGAAAAUGGAUCCGGCGACUAAGGAGGGGAGGGGCGAGAGCAUGGGCACACCUGGCGCAUCCAGUCGGCCCAAUGUGGCUGGCGGCAACACGGUGGAGCAGCUCAUGCGGGAGCUUGCCCAGCGGGAUCGCGAAAUUGCGGCACUCAAGGCAAGGCCAGGAGCCAAAGGACCUGUCAAACCCUGCACCCCUCCGUCUAGGCCUCCUCGUAUUGCGUCUCUGUCGAGCGGCCCAUCUGCAGUGGGCCUCGAUCCAGGCGUGGCGCCUGAAAGCCCAUCAACGGUAGACGUACCGGUCCGUCGAACGCGUGGGAUGCCCAAGCCCAAGCUGCUGAAGGUGGAGCCCCUGUUCAUGGCGCUGCUUGUCUG